UACUUACGACGUUCAGAAUGACUCGCAAGUAAACGAUUUUGAACGAGUCUAUUUUAGUAGCUUAUUAUUUAAUCAGAAUAAAAAGAAGUUCAUAUUGCAUAAGAUAUAUGAUAAAAGUAAACGUGAAUAUAUAAAAAUCAAGCAGUGUGCUCGAUCUGUAAACGCAGCAGUUGCAUUUAUGAAUGUAAAAUAUUUACUUGCCUCGGGCUUGCGCAUUUUGAAGUUCGGUGAAUGCUACAUAAUCCAUCAUUAUUAUUUAAUAAGUCAUACAAACAGUUCUAAAUAAAAUGGGAAGUAAAAUGACAAAAGUAGAAGCUACAACAGAUGCAGAGAAGAAACCUUUGAAACCUUGUUGUGCUUGUCCAGAAACCAAAAAAGUUAGAGAUGAAUGCAUUAUUACUAAAGGUGAAGUUGAGUGUGGGCAUCUUAUCGAAGCACAUAAAGCAUGUAUGCGAUACUUAGGAUUUAAUAUUUAACAAACUGAAUUCGACUAGACUUAUGGUGAUCCAUUCGAAGUAUUAGUAAAAAU